UGCCCGCCCCGCGCUGCCCUCGCGGCUGCCGCUCCGCUUUCGGCCAUGUUCCCGGCCCCGCUAUCGCGCCGCUCCGGGAUCCCCUCCUCCGCCGGGGGGGCUCGAGGGAACCCCAAACGGCAGCAGCCUGGGACGGGCUGCCCUCGUCCUGCAGCCUGUAAUCGUUACGGUCCCCACCCCUCGCUUUCCGUUUUAAUUCUUAGGGAGUUCUGCCCAUUGUGACUGCUAGUCGGGGCCGGGCUGUGCGCGGCGGGGUUCCUCCGGUGGCGGGGCUGCCCGGGGCGCUGCGGGCGGUGCGGGUGAGCGCGGUGUCUGCAAACGAGGAGCCGCGUGCGCUGCGUGUCUGAUCCGCGGCGCGCUGCUGGGAUGCCACCAGCACAGGUGGUGCGGAGCUGAACUCGCGGAGGCGGCUCCGAACUCUGCUAAAGGAGAAAACCUCAACUUUUUGGAUGUGCUAUUGAGUGGAUAUAUCUUUGGCAUGGAUUAUGUGUUUGGUCUUCUACAACCUGAGGCAACAAUGUAUGUGCUACGUAUGAUAGAAGAAUUAAUUGUAGGAAGAGACAAGUUGAAAGGCUAUACUACAUUAAGAAGCUGGUUUAAAAACAUUUCCAUUUCUUGUCAGUAACAUACAACCAAGAGAGCCCUGUAGUCCAACAGUAAAAUAACAACAACAAAGUUGUUUCUUUUUUUCCCUGGUUCAAAAAGAGCAAGUAGUCAGCAUGUGUUUUAUCAUGUGUUUCUUGGUUAUUUAGCACUGACUCUUUCAUUAUGCAGAAAUAAUGGAGUGAGGAUUUGUAGACACUCCCUCCCCACCACACAUUCAGCAGCUAAAGACUGUCAAGAUGACCUCUGAAGAGUUGACAGCUUCUGUUCUGGUCUCUGUCGUGCAGGGUAAAGUGAUACCUGCUCAGUCAGCUGGAGAUGAAAAUACUGAAAAUGCUUUGGACACCAGUGUUAUAAAAAGACACACUGCCAGUCCAGGAAGGCAAACCACACGCGCUGUCUCAUAUUUACACAGGCUGGAGGAAGAAAGUCUUCAGGGCUCAGUGCCCAAAAUAUUCACUUUGACAAAUAAACAAAUGACCGAUGACAAUAUUAAUGAAAGCUUCUGGGAGAGGAACAACGCCAUCUCUGAUUCAGUGAAAUUUCUUAACAUUAACUGUAACAUUGUGCAGAAAAGCUACAAGAGCAAUAUUCCAUGCGGUCAGUUAUAUAAAUCUUGUGGCCCUUUAGCAGGGGGAGACGCGUGCCUAGAAACUGGAAUUCCUGUUUCACUGGAAAGAGCUAUGCUUGCUGAAAUUCAGUUUAAAAUGAAUGGACCUUCACUAAGAAGCCAGACAGCAGCAAAUAAGAGUGAUGGCAGUGAUACUGAUGAAGUAGCCUUUUUUCACUUUCAUUGCGCUAGUGAAAGGAAUAUAUCGAAGGCUUUGUGCAAAUUGCACAAUGGCUUCAUAUUGAAUGACUGCUUACAGCCAGUAAGUGUUGGCAAUAGUAGCACUACUGGCUCCCCGACAUGCACUUGCACGUUAGUGGAGUUGACAAAUAAUUGUGAGAAUGAAAAUGGGCAACACUUGUAUGACGACACUUUAAGGGAUAAGUACUUCUGCCUGGAACGAGCACCACGAAAGGUUAAAGUGUGCUCGGGUCACAGCUUCUUUGGAAAUAACUUUACUGGAAGGAUGCCCUCAAAGCCCUUUCUGAGCCAUUUUGAAGACUGCAAUGAUAACUGUGAAGAAGAGAUGGAGGAGGAUUUUUUUAGAAACAAAAAGGAACGUUCCACUUUAUUAAUAAGACGUUUCUGUAAAAAUGAUAAGGAGGUUAAAAAAUCAGUUUAUACUGGAACGAGAGCGAUUGUUAGAACUUUACCUUCAGGGCACAUUGGAACUGUUGCUUGGAAUUACGUUGAGCAGAGGAACAACAACAGUGGCUUGAAGCGUUCUAGGAUUACAACAGAACAGCCAACUAUAAUUCAGAGCUUAAUAAAAUGGGAAUUUAAUUCCUUUCUUGAGACCUCUUUAUGGUAUGAGAUCCUCAAUACCGUGAGGGAAGAAGGAGCAGAAGACAUCUUUGGAUAUUUUCCUCAUCUUUUGAGAAAACUUCCAGCCUUACAUACAGCCUGUAUAUGCAAAGGUGAUGGUUUAUGUGUAAAACCAUGUGCAACAGGUGCUUGCUCUCAGUAUCGUGCCACUUUACAGAGGACUGCGCUCUCUAACUACAUAACUGGUGCUUUACUAGAAGCAACUACAUCAUUAGGAGCAAGAAGUGGUCUUCUAAAUAUCUUCGGAGGAUCAGCUGGAAGAACAAUGCUUAAAGAACGUCAAGCGUGUACAUCUAUGGCUGGCUCCAGUGUCCUUCCCUCCAACGUGGCUGGUAUCAGCAAGGAGCUCAUUGACCUGCAGCACCUCAUUCAGUUCCCAGAGGAGGUUGCCAGCAUUCUCACUGAACAGGAGCAGGAGCUCUACCGGAAAGUCUUACCCAUUGACUACCUCUGCUUCUUGACCAGGGAUUUGGGUAACGCUGAGUGUCAAAGCAAGCUUCCUUGUAUUAAAGCUUCCAUAUCUGCUACUAUUCUUUCUUCCCCAAAUGGUGAACGUAAUGCUGUAGAAGAUCUCGUGACGAGAUUUAAUGAGGUGAGCUCAUGGGUUACCUGGCUGAUCCUGACUGCAGGUUCUAUGGAGGAGAAACGAGAAGUCUUCUCAUAUUUAGUACAUGUGGCAAAAUGCUGCUGGAAUAUGGGCAACUACAAUGCUGUAAUGGAAUUUUUGGCAGGACUAAGGUCAAGAAAAGUUUUAAAAAUGUGGCAAUUUAUGGACCAGUCUGACAUUGAAACCAUGCGAAGUCUGAAAGAUGCUAUGGCACAACAUGAGUCCUCAUCCGAGUACAGGAAAGUGGUCAACCGGGCACUCAAUAUUCCAGGCUGUAAAGUAGUUCCUUUCUGUGGUGUAUUUUUAAAAGAGCUUUGUGAAAUUUUGGAUGGAGCAUCAAGCCUCAUCAGACUCUGCCCACAGUAUAAUUCCCAGGAUGAGACAUUAGAGUUUGUUUCAGAUUACAGUGGACAAGAUAAUUUCUUGCAACGGGUAGGCCAGGAUGGUUUAAAUAAUCCAGAAAAAGAAUCCACAGCAAACAGUAUAUUUCAGACUAUUCGGAGCUGUAAUCGCAGUUUGGAAUCUGAAGAGGGGGAAGAUAAUCUCAGUGAAGAGAGCAAUUCAAGAAAAAACUCCUUGAAGGACAGAAACCGUUACCAAUUUAUAAUUGGAGAUCUUUCAGAUUCUGAAAGUGAUAUAUUUGAGCAGUUGAAGGACUGGGACACAAGUUCAACAGAAGAGCAACAAAAGGCUUUCUGCCAUGGCAUAGAACUCAUUCCCUGGUAUGUGUUGUCCAUCAGAGCUGAUGUCCACCAGUUUAUGCUGCAAGGUGCAACUGUCAUCCAUUAUGACCAGGAGACACAUCUUUCAGCACGUUGCUUUCUUCAGCUUCAGCCUGACAAUAGUACUUUGACUUGGACAAAACCCACAACAGUUUGCCCAGCAAAUGCAAAAGCCAAGCUGAGUGUCCUGGGUAAUGCUGCUGAACUUGGUAAAUACCAGUUCCUUGGCAAUACCGGACUAAAUGGACUGGUGGAAGGUUUUCUGGAUUUGUUUUCAGCCAAGGCUGUGUAUAUGGGACAUUCUGGCAUUGAUAUGCACACUGUGUGUGUUCAAAAUAAACUUUGUAAUAUGUCCCUUGAAGAAAAUGGUAUAACACUACUUUAUGGACUUCAGACUACUGAUAAUAAGUUGCUGCACUUCGUUGCUCCAAAAUAUACUGCCAGAAUGCUCUACGAUGGACUGCUGGAAUUGACUAAAGCUGUAAGAAAAAUGAGGAGAUUCCCUGAUCAAAGAUUACAGUGGCUUCGGAAACAGUAUGUUAGCCUCUACCAGGAGGAUGGAAGGUUUGAAGGCCCAACCUUGGCUCAGGCUGUCGAACUGUUUGGAGGCAGACGAUGGAGCACAAGGAACACAAGCACAGGAACUCUGACCAAAAGCAGUGAGAAACCUAGUGUGCAGAGAAACAAUACUCUGGGAAUAAGUGCAGCUAAGAAAAAGAAGAAAGUACUCAUGAGGGGUGAAAGUGGAGAGGCCACUGAUGAUGAAAUGGCAACUCGGAAGGCAAAAAGCUGCAAGGAAUAUCGAAACAGAAGUGGUUCAGAUCCUCAAGAUAUUGAUGAACAAGAAGAAUCAGAUCAAAAUAUUAUUAUUAAUGCUUCUCCAUCUAACACCCUGUCAUCAAGAAGAGCUCACUCUCUGACAGCAUCUGGACCUCCUCAUUUAGGAGCUGCCACGUCCUCACCAGCCAGACCAGUAUCCUCUCCUGUAAUGCCUUCAAGCAAGAGUCAAUCGAGCACGUGGAGCAGCAGUAGCUGGCACGGCCGUGUUAAAGGAGGAAUGAAGGGGUUCCAGAACUUCAUGGUUUCUGAUAGUAACAUGACUUUUGUGGAAUUUGUGGAGCUCUUCAAAUCUUUCAGUGUCCGUAGCCGCAAAGACCUUAAAGACCUUUUUGAUGUCUAUGCUGUGCCUUGCAAUCGAUCCGGUCUAGAGCCUACUCCACUUUAUACUAAUUUGAAGAUUGAUGAAAACAGCAUUGGAUUCCAACCCGAUUUAGAUUUGUUAACUAGGAAUGUUUCAGACCUUGGUUUGUUCAUUAAGAGUAGGCAGCAGUUGUCAGAUAACCAGAGGCAAAUAUCUGAUGCUAUUGCUGCUGCCAGCAUUGUAACUAAUGGUACUGGAGUGGAAAGCACAUCACUGGGGGUGUUUGGUGUGGGCAUCCAGCAGCUGAACGACUUUCUUGUGAACUGCCAAGGAGAACACUGCACCUAUGAUGAAAUUCUCAGCAUUAUCCAGAAGUUUGAGCCCAGUGUCAAUAUGUGCCAGCAGGGACUACUAUCUUUCGAAGGAUUUGCAAGGUUUUUGAUGGAUAAAGACAACUUUGCCUCCAAAAAUGAUGAGUCACAAGAGAAUGCUGAGGACUUGCAGUUUCCACUGUCGUAUUACUAUAUUGAAUCUUCCCACAAUACCUACCUUACUGGCCAUCAGCUUAAAGGAGAAUCCUCAGUGGAGCUCUACAGCCAGGUUCUCUUACAAGGCUGUAGAAGUGUCGAAUUAGACUGCUGGGAUGGCGAUGAUGGGAUGCCUAUCAUUUACCAUGGGCACACUCUUACUACUAAGAUCUCUUUUAAGGAGGUAGUUGAAGCCAUUGAUCGCAAUGCAUUUAUCACAUCUGACAUGCCAAUUAUCAUAUCCAUAGAGAACCACUGUUCCUUACCUCAGCAGCGCAAGAUGGCUGAAAUUUUCAAGAAUGUAUUUGGAGAUAAGCUGGUGACCAAGUUUUUAUUUGAGAGUGACUUUUCUGACGACCCCAUGCUUCCUUCACCUGGCCAGCUGAAAAGAAAAAUCCUGCUUAAAAAUAAGAAGCUCAAAGCCCAUCAAACACCAGUGGAUAUAUUGAAACAGAAGGCUCACCAGCUGGCGCAUAUGCAAGCACAGGCUAGCAAUGGUGCUAGCAACCCCACACCUGCCAAUGAAGAGGAAGAAGAUGAAGAGGAUGAGUAUGACUAUGACUAUGAAUCUCUCUCUGAUGAUAACAUUCUUGACGACCGACCUGAGAAUAAAUUAUCAAGUGAUAAGCUGCAGUUUGAAUAUAAUGAAGAGACUGCCAAAAGAAUAAAGAAGGCUGAUUGUGCUACUUACAGUAAUAAAGGAAAGGUUUACGACAUGGAACUGGGGGAAGAAUUCUAUCUUCCACAAAACAAGAAGGAAAGCCGACAGAUAGCCCCAGAGCUAUCAGAUCUUGUCAUUUACUGUCAAGCUGUGAAGUUCCCAGGCUUGUCAACUCUAAACCCAUCUGGCUCUAGCAGAGGAAAAGAAAGAAAAAGCAGGAAGUCCAUUUUUGGCAACAAUCCUGGUAGACUGAGCCCUGGGGAGUCAGCUACUCUUGCCAAAGCAUCUGGAAAAGGUCCUUUUGAUGUGAUGCGGCAGACGUGGGAAGACCCCUCCUCUCCUUAUAACUCUCCAGCUUCUCUCAGUGCUAUCAUAAGGACGCCCAAGUGCUACCACAUCUCCUCCCUGAACGAGAACGCUGCUAAGCGGCUGUGCCGGCGGUACUCCCAGAAGCUGAUCCAGCACACCACCUGCCAGCUCCUGCGGACGUACCCCGCUGCCACGCGCAUCGACUCCUCCAAUCCCCAUCCACUCAUCUUCUGGCUCCACGGCGUGCAACUCGUGGCUCUUAACUACCAGACAGACGAUCUUCCCCUGCAACUCAAUGCAGCAAUGUUUGAGGCUAAUGGUGGCUGUGGAUAUGUUCUGAAACCUCCUGUUCUAUGGGAUAAGAAUUGUUCAAUGUACCAGCAGUUUUGUCCAUUAGAAAGAGAUCUUGAUAAUAAGGAGCCAGCUAUAUAUUCUUUAACAAUCGUGUCUGGGCAGAACGUGUGCCCCAGCAACAGUACAGGAAGUCCUUGCAUCGAAAUCGAUGUGCUUGGGAUGCCCCUGGACAGCUGCCAUUUCCGGACCAAACCCAUUCAUCGCAACACGCUCAACCCAAUGUGGAAUGAGCAGUUUCUUUUCCGGGUUCAUUUUGAAGAUUUGGUCUUUCUUCGGUUUGCAGUUGUUGAAAAUAACAGUUCAGCUAUAACGGCUCAGAGAAUCAUUCCACUGAAAGCUCUGAAAAGAGGCUAUAGACAUGUCCAGCUCCAUAACCUGCACAAUGAGGCACUGGAAAUCUCUAGUUUGUUCAUAAACAGUCGGAGGAUGGAAGAAAGUCCCUCUGGAAACACUGUGCCUGCAUCUAUAUUGUUUAGUUCGGGCGAAAGGAAAGCCUCUGUCCCUUACAAAGUGACAAUCCAUGGAAUUCCAGGCCCGGAGCCCUUCACUGUUUUUAACAUCAGUGGAGGGACCACAGCUGCACAGCUUCUCCAUCAGCUCUUGGAGACCACAAAAGGCACUGAGUCAUGUGCUGCAGACUAUUUUCUGAUGGAAGAGAAAAGUUUUUUAUCUAAAGAAAAGAGUGAAUGCAGAAAACCACCAUUCCAGAGAGUAAUUGGUCCUGAAGAAGGGCUUGUGCAGCUCUUGAACAGUUGGUUCCCAGAAGAAGGAUAUGUUGGAAGAAUCAUCUUUAAAACCCGAGAGGAAAAUUUAAAUGAGAGAAACGUCUUUCAAGAAGCAAAGGAAGAUGCAGCCAUCACCUCGGAGGACGACAGUUUCUUCGUUCAGGUACACGAUGUCUCCCCCGAGCAGCCACGCACUGUCAUCAAGGCACCGCGCUUCAGCACCGCGCAGGAUGUCAUACAGCAGACUCUUUGCAAAGCCAAGUACUCCUACAGCAUUCUGAGCAAUCCAAAUCCGAGCGACUAUGUGCUCCUGGAAGAGGUGACAAAAGAGCCAACAAACAAGAAGUCCUCAACAUCUAAACCGUCUCAGAGGAUUCUCUCUGAUCAAGAGUGCGUGUUUCAGGCCCAAAGCAAGUGGAAGGGAGCAGGAAAAUUUAUUCUUAAACUCAAAGAACAGGUUCAGGCAGCAAGAGAUGACAAAAGAAAAGGCAUUUCCUUUACCAGUGAGCUCAAAAAGCUGACCAAGUCAAGUAAGCAGUACCGGGGCUUCAUUUCACCGCCCCUGCAAGUCCUGCCUGACAGCCCACAAAAUAAGGAUGACAGGCCCACGUGCAGCUUGACUUUUAGCGACGUUAUGGAAUAGUCACCACCAGUGCUUCCAGUACAUCUGUGCAGGUGACAAAGGCACCACUAAAUCACCAACAGAAUUCAAGCGCAACAAAGUAGAUUGUGGAAAAAUCCCAGACACAUCCCCUCCUCUCCACCAUUUGUUCUUUCAUUUAUUCUGCAAACUGGAAUUUACAACACUGAACCCUUCUCCAGUGCCCUUGAAGGAAUCUGCUGAGGUCUGAACUGGUCGGCAAUUGUUUGGUCUGUGCUUUUAAUGCUUAACCAGGCAGUGCUGCUGGAUUAACAUCCAGAAUCUGGGAACGCUAGAUGGGAUGGCAGAUGGGAGAGCUGCCUGUCAGCUCCCCUCUAUCUUCACUUCUGCAAAGUCUUGACAGGCAGAUGAAGAAUUUUUCUUGGACUGUAUGUUGUAAACAAACAUGUUACCACCCCGUCUCCUUUUUAAACAAAAGAUUUUAGCUAAUUGCCUUAAGGGAAACCAAAGGCAGAGAACCAGAGUGUUCUUUUAUGUGUAUUAUAUUAACAUAAUGCACUUUUACAUAAGGAUUCCUGUUGAACACUGUGUUUAGUGACUGUAAAGAGAUGAUUUAAAUAUACUGUAACUUCCUUGGCUUAUCAGUUUAACUUUGGUGAAUAUACACAAAUUGCUCAAGUUAUUUAUGGUUUAUCUGCUUUAACAAAAUAUUGUACAGUAGUUAAAUACACCUAACUGGUAGUGAUACUUUGAUAAAGAACAACAUUAUCAUCUUAUAAAGUCUAGUUUUCCAGGCUUGCGUUUAAAGAAAGAAUAUUUAUUAUCAUGUCCCAAAGUAUGUGUCAUUGUGUAAUAUAUUUAUCAUAUACUACUUUUUAGAAACUGCAGAAUUUUCACCUCCCUCUGGAUUUAGAGGAAAAAAUGUUUGAACUUGCCUGCUUGUUUCUUUGCAGCACAAGAAGUCUGAUAUCCCAAACUGACCAAACUCAAACAGAGUACUGAAAAACAUAAUUAACACUUCAGAGUUGUAUGAAAAUGCCUACAGUUCGUUGGUUUUUUUUUACUUACUUCUUAAUCCCAGAGAGCAUAAACACUCUUACACUACAACACUUGACACUUUGUUUACAUAGAAACACUGUUUAAAGUCUGAUGUUUGCUGAAUUCAUCUUUUGAUAUUUAAGAUAUUACGGUUGCCUCUUUUUUUACUCCAUGAGGGUUAUUAAUGUUUUUAGUUAGUUAAUUAAUCUAUAUAUACCAACUUACAAGGGAACAAAUAAAACAAUUGCUGAAACCACCCAUCCCUUCCAUUUCCCAUACAAAGUAUACCUGUGGUGGGUAAGUGGCCCUGCACACAUCUGGGCUCCCUGGAGCACUCCCUGAACCACGCAGAGUGAGCUGUCUGACUCAAGAGAGAAUCCAUACUACAGAGAUUGAUUCUUGCGGUCGCAGCCUGCAUGCUGACUUUAGCACUUAAGCACAAACUGCUGCUGCUCCUAAAAGAGUCUGCAUCAGGCAAAGAAUAGAACAGCACUGCAACUACAAGGAUGUGCACUUUUGGUAGCGUAAGGAUGAAAGGAAAGGAAGGUCCACUAUCUGCAGAUGGUAGACCUCCUUCCUUCCCCAGUAAUUACAGAAUAAACCAAAAGAAAGCCAACUCAUGCUCUGAUGUAUAAAUAAGCAGGUAGAAGCUACAUUUUCCCACCAGUUUCUUUUACAAUGCCCUACUGAGAGUUCCUGUCUGUCAGAUGUUAACAAGGCAAAACGUGCCCCCUUGAGGUUGUUUCCAGCUGUCAGGAAAAAUAACCACAGACCUGGUCACAUAGCCCCUCGCUGAGACUGUGCACCUCCCAGUGCUUAUCUUUAGUACUGAGACAGGAAACAGUUUUCUAACCAUAAUUAAUUUGAUCUGGAAUACUUCGGAAUUACUGGGAAAUGCAUCAACCUACUGCACAAUUCAACUAAUGCAACAGGUUCUUAAAUGCUAGUCUUUUUCUCUGUUAUUUUAACACAGUGGCAGUUUCAUAUCACUAAUUGUUUUUCUUCCAGUGCUUUGGGGUAUUUUUAGAAAUAAGAAUUAUUUUCCUGUAGAGUUUAUCCUUAACUAUUUGACUACUUUAAAAAAAAUAUUCAACAGUACUGAAAAUAGAAUUCUUAAUAUCACUCAGCACCAUGCUUGCUCCAACAUACAAAACCCUUACACCCAUUUCAUCAGCCAGUAAUGGUUUUCUUUCACAUAGAUUUAAAUUAAAAAAAGAAAUAAAUCUUGUGAAAUUCAGGGGCAACAGCAGCAGUGUCACAAGGUGUAAUGCAGCUCCACCACUGGCCCGAAGUCUAGUGGAACUUAGGAAUAGCAGUUAAGUACUUUUUCUGCUAAUACAAUAACUCUCCAGUUGUUGGAAAAGUUGAUUAAUUUAAGUAUCUUCCUCAUCAGUCAAGAUCUAAAACUGUUUUCUGCUGUUUGUCACAGUAAAACAGAACAGGAAAAUAUUUAUCUAGAAUUUUGUCAGGCUAAUUAUAAUGUUUCAGUACUUUCAUUAAUGCACAAAUAUCACAACCUCAAGUUACAGAAAGGAAAAUACAUUCAUUUUCACGUUACAAACUAUUUACAGGAAACAGUUUCCAGGAUAAAGUCUGAAAGAAAGGAAUGUAAAUAGGCAACACCUUCCAGAAAAAAGCACUUUGAGUGGUAGCAGGCCCCAUUCUGAUGAGUUUACAGGUAAAACCCUCAUGCUCAGUUGCCUCUUGGCCAUAUGGGAGUAUUUUAUUCCAUUUUUUUUAAAAAACCACUGUACUUUUUAAUACCAAUAUCUUCUUGUGAAUCUUUUUUUAUGGUUUUCCUCACAAAGCACGUGCUGUUUGCAGUGCUGUGACUAGAUGGGACAACACUCGGGCUGCCAGGGAUUCCAGGCUUGCUCCAGUACUGCUCAGUUUUCAGGAACUGGGGCACACCGGGGGGGAAUUCCUAUGGGCUGAAGAGCUUCCUGUUUAUAUCUUACUCAUCCAGCUUGAACGAAGCAGCAAAAUACUGUACAAUUUUUAUACAGUAUAGUUACAAUUUUUAAAUCCUAAUCACCUAUUUUUAUUGAUAGUAAAGAGUUUUACUAGAUGAAGGAUCUCAAUAGCCAUCUUUUCAAAGUGGUCUGCUUCCAGAAAUCAUAUGCUUCUAGGAAUUAAUUAAAGACUUCAACUAGUAAUCUACGGGAAUGUGUUCCUGAAAUAUUCAGGAAAUAUUUGUCUUUAAAAAAAGAACUUGUUGGUAGCUUUCCAGUUCAGUGAAAGGCUGAGUCUGCAGCUUCUGAAACAGAACUCUCUCCCUUCUGCUCUCACUCUCUGAAUGCUGUUAAGCUUCAGCUAACGUUUGUUUUUUAAUCACUGGCUCUUAGUAGACCACUACAAAACUCAGUUUACUUUUGGGGUAUCCCACUAACUGUAACAAUGGUGGAGUUUUUUCACUAUGUCAUAAAUAUUUUGUAACUGCAAUAGUGAUAGACAUUUGACAGGGUUAGCAAAUUAAACGCAAAAAUAAAUAACAGUGAAUAGAUUUUGCUCCAAUACUUGCAUAGAGUAUUUCAGAAAGACUUACUUGUUAGCUGCACACUCACCUUCCUCUGCCUCCUAACGCAUGUCACAGCAUUCUGACAGUGCGGAGUCACUACGUGCCAGUCAUUAGAUUGUUUGAAAACUAUGUAAAAUGAACAAUUCUAAAAGCAACUUUCCACCUAGGCUAUUUCCUCUUUGCUGACUUGAAGAAUAAACUUGUAUCUGUAUAUGUUGUAAAAAAUAAAUGGUUUAAGAUGCUGACUCUUUCCUUUUGCCUUCCUGAACUGACAAAGGCUGAUGGCACCCUUAGAAUUCUUUGGAAUUUAAGUCACGUGCACAUUUGCAAUCACUUUAACAAGUCCUGAAAAGCUAUAGGAAUGGCAACCUGAGCAGCCAGAAACACACAUAUUACCAGCAGUAUUAUACAGACAGUUUUGUAUUCCCAAUACAGGAAUAUAUAUUUUCUAAUCCAUUAGUAGAUAGAUACCCAUUGCAAAAUUGCAAAACUGUGAAUUUACAUUUAACCACAAAGAAUUUGGUCCAACAGUCUAAUCAACACUAAAAGCACAUAUUAAAAUAAAAAUAAAUUAUUAUAGAAGGAUCUAGGAACCAUAAGAUAAAGGACAAAGUGCCUCACAGAAAAAGAAACUUUUUAUAAUUAUUGUAAGGAGGUUGGUGACUUGACCAAAAGCUUUGCAAAACUUAUCAUAUCACAUACUAAAUACUAUAAAAUAUAUUGGCUGCCAGCCUUGUCAGCCCACCACACUGCCCUAUGGAACAGAGUUCUGAAUAAAGCAAUUAUCAGCCUUAAGUUCUUCAAUAUAUUUUACCUAUUGUUUGUAAAGCUGAUAUGCAGCUGAAAAUGGGUUCUGAAACAACCAGGCAAUAGCUGAAAUUUGGGGAAUGGGGAAAAAAAAUCAAGAUUUAAAAUCCUUACCUUGAAUUUGUCCUGUAUUCUUCACAGUGAUGAUUUAUUGAAGACAUUGUAGAGCUGUCAACUAUGAAGAUAGUUCAGAAAUUGAAC